CACGUGACUGGCCCGGAGACGACGGUCAUCGUAUGCCACCAUCGAUGAUCCAAAUUGGGCACCUUGAGGGAGGCUAGACCCCAGCGCUGGAGGGGCUCUAUUUCGGAUGCGAUUGUAGUCGAAAGCGCCCCAUCAUGGCACACGUGGGAUCAAGGAUCCAAGGCAUGUGAAGGGUUGAUAGAGACAUUCCCUGAGGAUCAUGAAGGGAGUAUUUAUCAGACCAUCGAAUCCCCCUCAAGUCGUGAUGUUGUCUCCUUUCAGUCAUUCAAGUAUCAAACCUCAUCAUCUAGUGGUGCUUUCUGAUCAUCUCGCUCGCCCUCUUUUCUUUUUCGAUCUCCCCAUUCCUUAUUCCACACGGGCCUCCAUCUCUGUGCAAGAGUUCCUUCUUUGGGCCAUCUAUCUCGUACUGGCCACUCUCUCAGUCGUAGCAUUUCAUAUACUUGGAUCUGCUACCCACGUAGAAGAGCCACUCUUUCAUUCUCUUUCGUAAGUCACAUUUGAUGAGCUUUCGAGGUUGGUGGUGGACGGCACUGAUAGUAAUGUUAGUUACUUGUCUUUAACCUGUAUCAGCCAUGUCUUUCACAACGUCUUCUUCAGUCACACUACCGGUGCCUGUUGUAGAGAAUGUUCACCACGACCUUCAAAUCAAGACCGGCGACGAGAACAACUCCGAGCUCACCUUGACGCCGCCGACUAAAGUCUUCUUCCCGCCGAGCAGCAACUCAUCAACGCAUACUCUAGUAGUCACCGAUGGCGCUCCUUCUCAACCCCCGACUCCUCCCGCAUCAAGUAGCUCAGUCGACGACACUGACGACGAAGACGACGAGAUUCCCGUUCCCUCAAAGAAGGGCACCCGUCCUUACCGAUACCUGCGCUGGAACUUCGGCUCCGUCUACAGACGCAUCUUCAGUCUCGCGUUCUUUGGAAACAUUGCCGCCCUCAUCUUCGUCAUCAUCCGCUCCCUUAUUGGAGGCAUCCCGCUCACGCCCCAAACUUGCGCCACGGCCGUCUCAGCAAACAUCCUCGCCGCCCUCUUCAUCCGCAACGAGCACACAGUUAACGCCCUUUUCAAACUCUUCGUCCUCUUCCCAUCUGCGAAGGCCCCCCUCCGCAUCCGCCGCACCUUUGCCAAGAUCUACUCAUACGGCGGCAUCCACAGCGGCUGCGGCGUGGCCUCCUUCUUCUGGUUUGUCGCGUUCCUCGUCGUCCUCACGGCCCAGCUCAAGAACCCAUCAAACGCCGUGCGAGCCUACAUCCUCCUCGACAGCUACCUCAUCUGCGCCCUUCUCGCUGCCAUCAUCGGCUUCGCACACCCCAGGGCCCGUGUCCUUCUUCACAAUUGGUUCGAGGGCACUCAUCGCUUCUUGGGCUGGUCCGUCAUCGUAUUCUUCUGGGCCCUUGUCCUGAUGCUCGCCGCAGACGACAGCACCACGGCCGGUACUCCUUACGCCGUAUCCCUCAUCCUGACGCCGUCAUUCUGGAUGCUCAUCGUCAUCACCCUCUUGGUCGCGUACCCCUGGACCCGACUCCGCCUGCGCGAUGUCGAAGCCGAGGCCAUGUCAGACCACGUUGUCAAGCUCAACUUCAACUACGCAGACGUCCACUACGGCCAAGCCGUCCGCCUCACCGACGCGCCCCUCCGCGAGACCCACGCCUUCGCCGUGAUCCCAAAUCCCGCCGCCCCAUCCACCGACAUCGAAAAGGCCCAGUCAACAGGUGGGCUCUCCAACGCUGGCAAGAAAGGCUUCUCUGUUCUCGUCUCGAAUGCGGGCGACUGGACCAACAAGAUCAUCAAGAACCCACCAAAGAAGAUCUGGACCCGUGGCGUCCCGCAGUACGGCGUUCUUCGCGUGGCCGGUCUCUUUGAGCCGUGCAUCGUCAUCGCUACAGGUUCGGGGAUCGGACCGUGCCUAAGUCUCUUCGUGCAGAGGCCAGAUCACCCGGUGCGCAUCAUCUGGUCGACGCAGCGGCCGGCCGAGACAUACGGACAGGGCGUCAUCGAUGCGCUCUACCGUGCCGACCCGGACGCCGUCAUCAUCGAUACCAAGAAGACGGGCCGGCCUGACUUGGUCGCGAUUACGUACCGCAUCUGGGAGAGUAGUCGUCGCCAGGCUCUUGGUCUUGCGCAGAAUGAGGGUGUUGUCACGACGAAGACGAACAAGAACAAGAUGGGACCCUGCGAAGCUGUUGUCAUCAUUUCGAACCAAAAGGUGACGAGGAAGGUUGUAUAUGGACUUGAGAGCAGAGGUAUUCCCGCAUACGGCGCCAUCUUCGAUUCAUAGACCGGGGAUGGGUCGCUGUUGUUAUCUCCUAUGCUUUUCCGGCAUUCUUCAUUUGUCACAUCAUAAUUUUAUCUCCUAUGCUUUUCCGGCAUUCUUCAUUUGUCACAUCAUAAUUUUUUCAGCUUUUUAGAUCUGGGUCAUUUGUUAGAACUUGCAUAGCGGGCAUUGCGGCAUAGGUAGCAGGCGUUUUGGUGGCCACGAUAGAGCAGAGGUUCUAGUGUUUCUUGUUUUUGUCGAAAAAAUACCAGAGGUUCGGAGAGGG